GCCAUCCCAAUUACAAUGUGUCGUACAGCGCAGUCCCAUUCCUGUUGCUACGAAAAAGAAGCUUCGUCAAUUCCGUUGGAAGCCUUGGCAAAAAUGAGUUCCCCAUUAUCGAGCCUCAAAAAUAAAAAGAAAACACCGCUCCUGCCAGGGAGAAGGCCUGCACCUUUCAAAAGACAGGACCACACAAAUCUAGUCAUUGAUGAACAACUAAGCCUACAGAGAAAUGAAUUCGCCAACAAACCAAUCAUUCAUAGACAGUCAAAAACUCCAUACAAAAAUCCUGCUUCAGCACCAAGUGACCAAGACUUGCUUGCUUCGAUGAUGCAGAGAUUGGCAAAAGCUGAACAAAGUCUCAAAUUAUCACAGGACUCAAACAGAGAAAAGGAGAAGAGAAUAAGGAUACUGGAAGAAAAAUGUCAUAUAAUGGAGAGAGCAAGAGGUUAUGGAAAUGAACAAAUAUCUGAAUUGGAAAGAAAAUGUCAAAAGCUUCAAGGCCAAGUACAUUCUAUGGAGAAAUUCUUAGAUGAUUAUGGUAUGGUUUGGGUUGGUGAUGAAGACAAUGGUGACGAAGAAGCACCUGUCCAUUCCAGAGUGAAUAAUUAUGAUGAGUUGCAACUUGAUGAAGAGGAAGAAGUUCAAAGUGGACGUGGAUCAAUAUGGCACCCAGGUUCUUCAUUGGCAACAUCUGCUCCGUUCAAAGUAAAUUUUGACUUAAUCGUUAAGAAUAUUGAAGAACUGAACAGUUUGGCCGGAGAGGGUGAACAUGUUAUUGCACACACCUCAAAAGGAGCUCGACUGAAGAUUCGCGAUCCAUUGCCGCUUACACUCUAUGCAAAUGGUAUAUUUAUGUUCAAUGGUCCAUUCAGGCCAUUUUCAGAUGCUGAAACACAGGCAUGUGUCCAGGAUUUGAUGGAUGGAUUCUUCCCGUCCGAACUACAAUUAAGAUAUCCUGAUGGUGUUCCCUUCCUUUUAAAAGAUUUGAGAGAGACACACUUCCGCAACGACAGACAAGAGAAAAUAUUCUCUGGUGCUGGUCAGACGUUAGUUGACGACAAUACUAAUGGAAGGGAGACAACUUCAGAUAAAGAAAUUCAAACAGGGGAUGAGAGAGACGUCAAGGAAACAUAUCAGCCACCAGGCGUUCAAAAGCAAACUAUGGAACAGUUUCUCAAUAAAUUGCCAUCAUCUGUGGUGAGAAAUGGAAAGCUUGUAGAUAUCAAGUCGGAUCUCAAAGCCACAUUAAAAGGAGACCAAGAAAAAGGACCGGAAACGGUUAUAGUCGAAAAUGAACUUCAGCAGAAUGAAACUUCAAGUGUCAAGGAUAAAGACUCUCAAGCAGAGAAUAUUACCACUUUGAGAAUAAAAUCAGAAAAAGGAGACAAGACAUAUAUAUUGAAAAUGAAGUACACUGAUACAAUUGGAGACGUCAAAAGACAGCUAAAUAAAACAAGGCACCACAUUUCACUCAUCUAUCAGUUAAAAUCUACCUUUCCGAAUCGAACAUACAACAACGACCGUGAAACCCUUGACGACUGCGGACUGGUACCGAAUGCUACUUUGCACAUGCAUUUAAGAAAGUAGACUAAAUACACGGCACACAAUUUAAUAUCAAAAUAACACUUAUACUGUAAAUAAAGCAUAUUUUAAUCGGAAUAAGAGCUGUUAAAAAAAUAUCUUUUUAUUGUGAAAAUAUCGGCUAGCAGAAAACUUUGGAUUGUUCAUUGGUGUGCCUAAACCUCGAUGAAUACAUUUAUUACACUAGGCUUAUGAUAUUUCGCUUUUAUUUUGGCAUAGUUCUCUACCCUCUGACUCUCUACCUAUCGUUGGCUAUCUUUAUGCUGUCUUGGCCUCUUGCAUUUCAAUAUGUAGAACUAAUGGCGCAAAUGCGUUUGACACUUUAAUUCAUGAUCAUGUUGAAUAAAAAUCCCAGGAAUGAUUUCGUUGA